AUGAAAUUGCUUUUAAUAUUAUUGCUGGGCUUGAGUGCUUACGCCUUCACUGAUUAAAUGAUGUCUUUAGAAGAACUAGCAAAAUUUGAUGUCAAAAGUAUUGAUUGCACAAAGAAUGAUCAAAUAUCCUUGAUUGAAAAACAAAUGCUAUAAUGGGAAGACCUACUAAAACAUCAAAAAGCUAUUUCUCAUGAUAUUAAAAUAUUAAAAUCUAUUGAACAUCUAUUAUCAUCAAAGUCAAGCUCAUUUCUGGAAGUUCAAACCUAAAUUUCUGGAAAAAAAUUGAUGAAAAAAUUACAUAAAUUGGAAUUGCCAUUAACAAAAAGUAAAAUUGGAUUAGCUCAAGUAUAAUUAUUAAAAGAAUAGUGCAAAGGUUUAGAUUCAGAAAAUCCUGAAGAAAGGGCUUAAGCAAAAAAGGAGUUAUGCAAGCUUUUAAAGCAAUAUGUUAAUAAUCUGAAUAAUUGUAAAUAAUAAUGUACUAAUUCACCUGUGACAGUUAUCAAGAUCAAAGGAUAAAUUAAAGACUUAGAAAUCAUAAGAGAUAAUUGUUAAAAUGGAAAAAUAAGUGGAGUCAAAGUUAUAACAAUGGAUGGUGAAAAUCAAGAAUAUAAAGUAGCAGCAGAUGGAACAGCUGAAAAAUAAUGA